AAAAGACCUACGAUUAAAAAUAGCACUUUCAGUCCGGCUUAGCUAUAGAAACAAAAGAGGGAAGCAGCGCUGUUCCUUGUGCCAGUUUCUUAGUUUUGACAAACCACAGCGCCCGGGCGCCCGCUGGAACAUGCGGCUUUUGCGCUCCUGAGCUGCGCAUCUCAGCUCGUGCGUUUCCGUGCAGUGCACGCGCCUCCUUGAUGUCCCGGAGCGCGUGGAGCUGUUGUUCUCGGGGUGGAAGACAGACAGACAGAGAGCAUGAGCGACGGAAGGAGCGAUCGGACGCCAACCAACCUCAUCGUAAUUAAUGUAUAUUCAACUUCAAUCAAGCUCUCUGCUCGGGCCUGGAAGGAAGAGGAAAGCGCUCUGUGUUGUGAAUCCAGCAAAGACUAAGCAGGACUGGCUGUUCGCUCCACCGCCAAAGUUGUUCUUUAUCUAACACCGAUGGUGCGUUUGGACACCAAAAACUGUACAUCCAAGUGUUAUCUAAGUGAAACACGUAAAAGUAGUGUAAUCAAGGAAGCUUAGAUAGCGAGCUAACAUUACUUUAAAAUUAUCUGCUCAUCGAUGUUAUCUGCUCGCCGGAGCUUCUUGUCCUUGCAUUCGGACGCAGCACAUGGGGUGACCCCAGCCAGCUUCCCUGGUUGCUGAGGAGUGUGGCAGAGAUGGGCGUGGUCUCCCAGCUCCGCCCAGCCGUGAGAGAAUGAGAGAAUGUGUAGUGGCAGCGUUGUGUGAAUGACUCUCAGCCCAAACGCAGUCGCCAUGGCCACCAGGUACCAGCAGUACUACAACAGGUCUGUGAUCCAGGUGUACUACCGUAUCGCCAAGAACCUGACGCCGGAGCAGCUGCAGGAGCGUAUGGCCAGCAGCGCCGGUCUCAGCACCUUCUCCAUCAUCUUCAUCAUGAUCUGCAGCAUCAUCAUCCUCGAGAACCUGCUGGUGCUCAUCGCCGUCUUCCGCAACAAGAAAUUCCACUCCGCCAUGUUCUUCUUCAUCGGGAACCUGGCCUUCUCCGACCUGCUGGCCGGCUCUGCCUACAUCGCCAACAUCUGCCUGUCGGGCGCACAGACCUUCCAGCUGGUGCCGGUGCAGUGGUUCAUCCGCGAGGGCACGGCCUUCAUCACGCUGGCCGCCUCCGUCUUCAGCCUGCUGGCCAUCGCCAUCGAGCGCUACAUCGCCAUCACCAAGGUGAAGGUGUACGGCUCCAACAAGACGUGCCGCAUGUUCCUGCUGAUCGGGGCCUGCUGGGUGGCCUCGGUGCUGAUGGGCGGGCUGCCCAUCAUGGGCUGGAACUGCCUGGACGCGCUGUCUGAGUGCUCAGCCGUGCUCCCGCUCUACUCCACCCGCUACAUCUUCUUCGUGGUCACCGUCUUCACCAUCAUCCUGCUCUCCAUCGUCAUCCUGUACGUGCGUAUCUACCUGAUCGUGCGCUCCAGCCACCAGGAGGCCACCAACUCGCAGGCCUACGCCCUGCUGAAGACCGUCACCAUCGUGCUGGGCGUCUUCAUCGCCUGCUGGCUGCCGGCCUUCAGCGUGCUGCUGCUGGACACCUCAUGCAGCAUGGCCUCCUGCCCGGUGCUGAACCACGCCGACAUCUUCUUCGGCAUCGCCACGCUGAACUCGGCGCUGAACCCGCUCAUCUACACGCUGCGCAGUAAGGACAUGCGGCGCGAGUUCCUGCGGGUGCUGUGCUGCUGGGGCCUGCUGCACUGCGGCCACGCCGCAGACCGCUGCAUGCUCCCUCUCAAGAGCUCCAGCUCCAUGGAGCACUGCACCCACAAACAUGAACAGCAGAGCACCCCCAUCAUGCAGGACUGCACCACCUGCGUCUGACUGCACCGUCUGCGUCUGACUGCGCCGUCUGCGUCUGACUGCACCGU